UGUAAUGUGUCUCUGUGCUUCAAACAUCUCACCUCAUUAACUGGCGGGAAAUAUUUGUCGUCUCUCUUUUCCCAAACUUUUCAGAAGAGACACCUCACUGCAGAGCUAUUAAACCACUGAAAAAAAAAAUGACAGAAAGUUGUGGGCAGGAGCAGACAAGGUGGAUAACAACGGUCAUUAUGAGCACAGCUCUGCAGGAUCAUGAAAUUUCUACAGUUCUGCAGAGGCAACAACACCGAGUUCGAUAUUCAGAAUCAGUGGAAACUGGAUCUGUGAUUUUUCCUCUUUCUGGCAUUGCAUUUAUUCUGUCAGACACUCAAGACUUGCUUAGGACAGGGGAAGAAGAGUUUUCCAAAAGAAUUCAGAAGUUCAUAAACAUCCAUCGGAACAGCUUUUUGGUUUUGUCAGCUGCUCUUCAUGGACCAGAAGAAUGGAGUGUCAUGUUCAGGAUUCAGAGAAGAUUCCUGGGCAGCAAUUUACGUGUAAUACCAGUUCAUAAUCCUGCUGAAACUGUUAAAUUAAUGCUAACUAUGGCUAAGGUAACUUCCAAGCCACAAGCAGAUGAUACUCGUUGCAAAAUAGAAAUGACAAAAGCCCAAAUAAUAGAAAAAAGUCCAGUUUGGAAAAUGCUUCAGGAGUACCAAUCGCACCGUAAUUAA